GUCAUCACUGCGGUGGAGGAUCGGUUUCUGAGUGUGCCCGACUCGAUUCGGGGUGUUCUCAGGCCAUUUUACCUGCCCAUUGAGCAAAAGGCCGUCUCGUUUUGUUUUCCGAGAGAUAGAUGGGAUAAGGAGUUCUUCAAGUUGCAGGGCGGAUAAUAACUUACUUGUCGAAUUUACGAAAGGUUCUGGCUUUGGUGGUUGUUUUGUUUCGAGGAAUUUGAGAUGGGUUCGACGCAAAGAUCUACCUUGCCUACUAAUGUGGCGGAAUUGGUUGAUGCUUCCCCAUCAAACGGCCAAGAGGUUUCGUACAUUGGUAGUAUGCCGGUUUAUGUUAGGGAGUUGAUUGCCGGUGGUGCUGCUGGUGGAUUCGCUAAAAGUGCGGUUGCGCCGCUGGAAAGAACCAAGAUACUCUUGCAGACAAGGACAGAGUUCCGCUCUCUCGGAGUGUGGCAAUCUCUGAAGAAGUUAUUUCAGCACGAAGGUGUUCGAGGAUUCUACAAAGGAAAUGGAGCAAGUGUUGCUAGAAUUAUUCCUUAUGCAGCCUUACAUUACAUGACAUAUGAGCAGUACAGGUGUUGGAUCUUGAAUAACUAUUCUGCUUUAGGAUCAGGGCCUCAUAUUGAUCUUUUAGCCGGUGCAGCAGCCGGAGGGACAGCAGUUUUAUGCACUUAUCCCUUGGACCUAGCUCGCACCAAACUUGCUUAUCAGGUUGUUAAUACCCGAGGAAACAUUAAUUAUGGCAUGAAAGGCACCCACCAUCAAAUUGUUUAUAAGGGCAUAAGGGACGUGCUUUCAAGUGUUUACAAGGAGGGGGGCUUCCGUGGUCUCUAUCGAGGUGUAGGCCCAACACUCACCGGAAUACUCCCCUAUGCUGGUUUAAAGUUCUACAUAUAUGAGAAACUUAAACUGCAUGUUCCUGAAGAGUAUGAAAAGUCCAUUGUGAUGCGUCUUUCUUGUGGAGCUUUGGCUGGGUUAUUUGGGCAAACUCUAACAUAUCCGUUGGAUGUUGUUAGGAGGCAAAUGCAGGUCGAGAAUCUGCAUUCUUCAGAUCAAGGUGGUGUUAGGUACAGAAACACGAUGGACGGUCUUAAAUAUAUUAUCCGUAAUCAAGGAUGGAAAAAGUUGUUUUCCGGCCUAAGCGUUAACUAUAUCAAGAUUGUUCCUUCUGUGGCAAUCGGUUUUAGUGCGUAUGACACGAUGAAGGGUUGGCUCCACAUUCCGCCCCAUCGGAAAGCCCAAUCAAUGACUAGUGCGGCAUAACCAGAAAUUCAGAAUGUUGGUCAAUAGUCAUCUACUGCACGGGAAGUACAAGGAAGAAGAGCAAGAUGAGCGUGGAUUCUAUAACACAUUUGGAUUAUUGAUUUGCAUGUAAAAUUUAGCUUAACCUUGGUCAUAAUAUUAAUUACCAUUUAAUUACUGUAUUUCAAUCUCUGAUGCUCUUGUAGCUAUGUGGCCAUUAUGCUUUGAUGGGUUGUAUUUGAUUCAAGUGUUUCCAUGAUACAUUAUUUUGAGAGCCGAUAUUUUAAACUACUUUAA